AUAGUUACAAUAUAUUACACAUUACACAAUGGAAAAUAAAGUAUAAUUUGUAGUAAUUAUUAUAUAAAGUUUUACUUUAAACAAUUUAAAUCGAUGCUCACUAUGGGACAGGCUAAUAAAUAGCCCAUUUUUCUUAUGAUACAGACUCUUUUUUACAAUAACUCUUUUACUUUCCGACGUUCGGUUUAAUGGCAUAUUUUACAACCGAAAUAUAUUUUCACAUUCACUUUAAUGCAUGACAUCGUAUUUGUCAGGUAUGACGUCGCCGGUUGCCAGGCGAUCGUCUCCAUUGAAACGAGCGUCAGCAAAUAACUAAAAGUUUCAUUUAGCAAUAGCUACAGUUAGCAACUGGGCCGUAAAACAUCGUCCUUUCGUUUUUCUCAAUGGAGUUCCAUGGAGUAUCAUCUCUGCAGAAUCUACAGGCUCUGUCUGCCUUAUUAUCAACUCAUCAGGACGACGAAGACGACGAAAAAGAUAGUAAUAAUGUAUCAGCGUGUGCACGGCUGGGCCCUGGUCACAUUGGCCCCCCACCGAAAACUUAUAAUAAAGUGCCAAAUACAUAUGUAAAGAACAACAACAAAGAUAUUUGGAAAGAGGAAGAGCUAGCUGAGGGUUCCCACUAUGAUGAUCUCACUGAUCCUCGACCACAGCCUGAAUAUGAAAUAAUCUUAAAGCAGAGUGUGGGGACAGAAGAUUUGUUUUUGGGACUGAGUGGAAAGGAUCCGUCCUCAAUGUGCUGCGAAGCCAUGCUGGUGAAAAUUAAGCUACCACAUACUAAAGCAACAGAUGUGGUCCUGGAUGUAAAAGAAGAUUUCCUUGAUCUGCGUACACCAAAACAUAAACUGGGUCUACAUCUUCCACAUCCCAUCCACAGCCAGGAGGGCAAGGCUCAGUUCUUCAGCGAGAGAGAGGAACUAGAGGUGACUCUACUGAUGAAACGUCCCCUGGAUUGUAUCAACAUGCAAUAAAAGAUUAACAAUAAUGGUCCACAAGUUCAAAAGACAAAGUGAAGAUUAUGCACUGCCUCGUUUAUGGAUUCAUUGUAAAAUAGAAAAUUCCCACAAUGCUGUAUUCUUGUUAAUGAUACAUGUCACCAGUUAUUUUGGGAGUAAUAAAAUGUGAUUUUCUAAUCAAUA